CCCCUCUGCAGUCGAGGCCGGGAAGGAGCCUGGCUGGGGGCCCUCUCCUCUUCCUCCUUCUCCUCCACGUCGCCAGCCGCCCGGAUCGUCAUCAUGGCUGCUGAUUCGGACGUGCUCCAUUUCCAGUUCGCGCAGCAGGGCGACGCUGUGCUGCAGAAGAUGAACCUGCUGCGGCAGCAGAACCUCUUCUGCGACGUCUCCAUCUACAUUGACGACACGGAGUUCCACGGGCACAAGGUCAUCUUCGCCGCCUGCUCCACCUUCAUGCGGGACCAGUUCCUGCUCUCUCAGUCCCAGCACGUCCGGAUUACGAUUCUGCAGAGCGCCGAAGUUGGCCGGAAGCUGCUGCUCUCUUGCUACACGGGGGCACUGGAAGUGAAGAGGAAAGAGCUUUUGAAAUACCUCACGGCAGCCAGCUACCUGCAGAUGGUGCACAUCGUGGAGAAGUGCACGGAGGCCCUUUCCAGGUACCUCGAAAUUGACGCCUCCGUUGAAGGCAACGGCAGGUGUGCGGAGAAAUGCCACUCUUCGGACAUGGAGCUGGGCAACCGAGAGAGCUGCCCCGAGAAAGACUGCGAAAUCAUCGAGAUCUCUGCGGACAGCCCCGUGAGCGUAGACGAGCACAUCAAACAAGAGAAGGGAGAUAUCCUGCCGGCGUCCGUGCAGGGCUUAAUGCCCGAGAGGAAGGAGGUCAAAAGCCCAGAGAUCUCCACCGUAGAGAUCGGCUACAAGGACGACGAAAUCUGCAUUUUCCAGAUGGAUUCCAUUGACGGCGUCCCCAGCGUGGAGGACGAGCCCUUCCCACAGCCUUGCACCUCUUCGAAAACCAACUUGUACUUCCCCGAAACUCAGCACUCCUUGAUCAACUCAACCGUGGAGAGCAGGCUGAGCGAAGCGGCCCAGUUCCAGAGCUUCGGCGGGGAGAAUCCGGAAGGAGCCGCACACGCGGACUUCCCGAACUCCGAGGAGGCCGGCUACACGUGGCGGCACCAGUGUCCCAAGUGUCCCCGCGGCUUCCUCCACCUGGAGAACUACCUCCGGCACUUAAAGAUGCACAAACUCUUCCUGUGCUUGCAAUGCGGGAAGACCUUCACCCAAAAGAAGAACCUCAACCGGCACAUCCGUGGGCACAUGGGGAUCCGCCCCUUCCAGUGCAUGGUGUGCCUGAAGACCUUCACCGCCAAGAGCACCCUCCAGGACCACCUCAACAUCCACAGCGGCGACCGGCCUUACAAGUGCCACUGCUGCGACAUGGACUUCAAGCAUAAGUCUGCCCUCAAAAAACACCUGACCUCCGUCCACGGGAGAGCCGGUGUCGACAAAUCGGGCUUUGACGCCAUCACGGAAGUCAGGAUAGACUACGAGUAAGAGGUCGUUUGAGCAGGGAGUUUUUACAAAAAGGCCCAAGUUGAUGCUGAGCACCAAGACUCCAAUCCACAGGCUCCAAUCCUGCAUGUAAAUACCCCCUUAUCUAUCAAGGUUCCCGCGGGCUUCCGGAUAGCUGCCCGUCUUAGAGCGCAGGUACUGCAGGCCGCUUCUGCCAACUGCCUGCAAUUUGGCAGUUCGACUCUCGCCAGGCUCAAGGUUG